AGGAAUUUCUUGUUCGCAUAGAAAAAAAUUAUGUUUGCGCAGCGUCGAAAAUUGGUCAUACAGAAUUUUGCUUUUUUUGAAAACAAAAAGUACAGAAUUAAAAUAAGAUUUACUUUGUAAAUUGUAGUUCUUUUCACGCUGCAUCUCCUGGUAUAUUUUGUUUUUUUAAAACAACGUAUUAAGUGAUGCAAAAAUGAAAUGGAAAAGGCCGUUUUUUUUGUCCGAGGGAGAACCAUCUAAUAUCAUUAAAGGACGACCUUUUGUAGUAGUGGCGAAUUCGACAGGAGUACACAUGUUUGAGGAUAACUGAUAAUGAACCAUUUCGAAUGUGAACGAUCAUUUUUUAUAUAUGUCACAUGUUUGUUCUUAAAAUGAACUUACGUUAGUGAGAUUAAACAAUUAAAAAGACUAUGUCUAUUAAUUACAGUUUAUGAUAUGGUGGAUAAUAUGACUACUUAUUUGUAAGUACGAUUUUUUUUAUUUUGUGCGCAUCUUUCGGGAUCUCCAAUUAUACAAGGAAGAUAGCCCUCUUCUGAACACAUUUUAGUAUAACUUGAGCAUCGGUUGCUACGAAAAAGUUAGUAGACAUCUCUAACAUUGCAUUAUCUAAUAGCGAACCGAUUCUUUGUCCUACAAGGAUGAACUUUUGAUGAAGUCAAUUGAAAUUAGAAAAAUUGUUAUAUAUAAAUAUAUUCUAGUAUUAGUCAAUUAUUUAUCAAUAUCUAUUGAACAAAAUCAAUCAUGGCAAAUUCAAGAAUCCAUAAUUCAAUUAAUUGGUGCUGUAUAUGAAUAUAUUUCACCUAAUGAAGAUCAAGUUUUACCUCGUAUUUUUUUACUCUUACCAAAAUUAAAUUUUUCAAAUAAUGUAAUUAUUAAUUCUACACUCACAGUGUUAGGUAUGCUUUAUUUAAUAAACAAGAAAAUAUGUUAUUUUGAUUUUAUUCAAGGAAAAUAUAGUAGUUGGUUAGGUAAUCAUCAAGAUAUAUUACAAAAUUGUGUACAUUUAUGUAUAAAUGCAUUAUCAAAUCCUGAAUUAAUUCAAUCGGCUUCGAUUGCUUUAAAAGAAUUAAUCAAGGAAAAUCGAAAAUAUAUGUCGAAAUAUCUUAAUGAUAUUUUUCCGAUUAUGAAAAAUGUUCUUGAGAAUGUUCAUGUUCAACCAAAUGAUCGUAUUCGUUGUUUAUCAAUUAUUGGUUAUAUUCUAUCAGUACAUCCAACAAAAAUUGUUAUUGAUCAUUUAAAUAUUAUACUUGUACCUGAAGUAAAUAAAUUACUUGAUUAUUUAUCUCGAACAGAUAACAAUCAGGAAAAUAUUUGUACGACACUUAAUUUUAUUUCGGUACUUAUUACUGCUAUUGGUUAUUAUGAUGAUCAAAAUGAUGGAGAAGAAAAUGAACAACAAUUGAAAACAACAGAAAGUUCUAGUAAUAUAUCUGAAGUGGUAAGAAAUUUUUCAAAAAUUUGA